UUUGGACCUCCACUCUCCUUCUCUCUCUCUCUCUCUCUCGUCUUGUUUCAACAUUGUAGAGUUUUAAGUUGUUUGCAGAGGAGAAGAUGUUGCUGGGAAAGAGGCAACGCCACCCUGUGAAAAGGACGACGAGCAUGACGGAGAUGACCUUUGAUCUAAACAUGACCGGCGUCGGCGCUGCUGUUGGUGCACAGUCCGAUCCUCAGAACCCCUUCAAUCUCCAGAGACAGCCCGGUCAUGAUGGGCUAGAUCACCAGCGGUUCCUGGCGGCCACAGUCUCACCCAGAAACUUGAGGCGCAAUUCGGCCGAGUUUGUCGAGACCACCUCGGCUCACUUCUUAAGGUCUUGCUCCCUCUGCAAGCGCCGCUUGGUCCCUGGUCGCGACAUCUAUAUGUAUAGGGGUGACAGUGCUUUCUGCAGUCUAGAGUGCAGGCAGCAACAGAUGAACCAAGACGAGAGAAUGGAAAAUUGUUCAUUGGCUUCCAAGAAAGAUGCGGCAGCGCCGUCCACUCCCGCACGUCCCCAAGUGAUCUCCACCAAAGGCGAGACCGUCACCGCUUUGUAGCGCCGCCGGUCGACCCUUUACAACCCUUGUUCCUGCUGAUAUACAGCAUAUUAUAUUGCAUAUACGUAUAAGCUAGCUAGAAAUAGAAAUAUUAAUAUGUUGCGAGAGCGCAGAGGUUGCAGAUAUCUUUUUUUUUGUGAGAUUUGGAAAUGGGUUCGGGGUUUUCAAAUUUUGGAUUGAAGCACUUACUUUUUUAUGUGGAUCCAUACGUACCUACGUAUACAUGAACGAGAAGUACUGAUCUGUACGUAGACUGUAAUUCUUCAUAUAGUUUAGUUUCUGCCCAGCCCUCCUGUGUUUUGCCUUUUCUAUUAGUGGAAGAAAUCUGCAUAUUUUACAA